CAUUAUUAUUAGGGAGAAUUAUUAAUUUCUUAUUUUUGGUUUUAAUAUAAGACUACCUUUAUUUCCCUAUCACAUUCCUAUAAAUCCUACAUACAAUUAGCCCAUUCUUUAGAGCACUUCAUUAAAACAAAGAAAAAAUAAAAAUAUCUCUUAACAACUUCUCCACUUUUCAUCCCACCACCACCCACCGUCGGAGAAAAAAUAAACCCACCACCAUGACCUCUAAAGACUGUGGCUCUCACAGUCACUCUCGCCGGAAACUAAUCCGGCGAAUAAUAUGGUCUAUAAUCUUCUUCAUUUUCAUAAUCUUCCUCACGAUCCUCCUCGUUUGGGCAAUUCUCCAACCUUCAAAGCCACGUUUCCUCCUCCAAGACGCCACCGUCUACGCCUUCAACGUCUCCGGCAAUCCACCGAACCUCCUCACCUCCAACAUCCAAAUCACUCUCUCUUCCCGGAACCCUAACGACAAGAUCGGUAUCUACUACGAUCGUCUUGACGUCUACGCUACGUACCGGAGCCAACAGAUCACUUUCCGAACAUCGAUCCCUUCCACGUAUCAAGGACACAAAGAAAUCAACAUCUGGUCGCCGUUUGUCUACGGAACCUCCGUUCCCGUCGCUCCUUUUAACGGCCUUGGUCUUGACCAAGAUCAAGAUAAUGGUUCCGUUAUGUUGAUCAUUCGUGCUGACGGUAGAGUGAGGUGGAAGGUUGGUACUUUUAUUACCGGCAAGUAUCAUCUUUAUGUGAAGUGUCCAGCUUAUAUAAACUUCAAUAAUAAAGCUGCCGGAGUUAUUGUCGGAAACAACGCCGUUAAGUAUACGUUUACCUCUAGUUGUAGUGUUAGUGUCUAAAACGGCGACGGAGAAGAAAAAAAGGUAACCAAAUUGUCUACGUUAAAUAAUUUGUCUUUCGUUAAUUACCAUGUGAAUUGUACAUUUUGCUUAUACGAAUAGCAAAUAUUUACAGAUUCGUGAUGUUGUUGUAAUGAGUUUUAAGAAUUUCAAUAUUGAUCGGAUAGUACUUUUAUUAUAGUUGAAUGUUAAAGUAUUUUUUAGUGAGUUUGUUUAAAGUAUAUUUUUACUGAA